GAGCUCCUAUCUCUUCUCUCCGCCAAUCCGUCUCUCAUCUCAACGUGUGGUCUGCACCCUCUAACCCUGCCACCCCUAGUGGAAAACAACCCUGACGUCGUUGCAUGUGCGCUCACUCUGCUGCUGGCGUCUCAGCCUGCAUUCGAGUAUUUGGAGGUGUUGUCUCAGCUGCCCCUCACCCUGCAUUCGCUCGAGGUCGUGAGCCGGGUGGCCAAGGCAGUUGACUUGCCGCCCGACUUUAUCCAUUCAUACGCCAGCCACUGCAUGCGGUGCUGCGAGGAAACCAAGGAUAAGAGCACGCAGAACCGUCUGGUGCGGUUUGUCUGCAUCUUCUUACUGAGUCUCAUUCGCGAUAACAUCAUCAACGUGGAGGCGCUUUUCAUUGAGAUGCAGGCAUUCUGUAUCGAGUAUUCGCGAGUGAGGGAAGCAGCAGCCCUCUUCCGCAUGCUCAAAUCUCUCGAGUGA